AUGCUUCGUUCUUGUUGUACUUGGUCAAAAUAUGAUCGACCGAAUUUCGUAAAAAUCAUCCGAGAUUUUCAAGAAUCCACAAACACGAAUAAUAUUAUUCCCAUUCAAACCAAUAUAAUUUUGCAUAAACCUCGAGUUUCAAAUGUUCAACAACAUCCAUCUUCACGAAAAAAUUAUUAUCAACAACAAAAAUAUUCUUUAAAUAAAACUUUAUACAAAUCAGAAGAAGAUGCUACUCGUUAUCCAAGGUGCACCAGAAAGACAUCAUAUUGUAUAGCCUCACGAAACAUAUCCGAUGAUGAUGACGACGACGACGAUGAUGAUGAUGACGAGGAUCUUUUUUAA